CACACAAAGAUGUCUUGCUACGACCUGUGCCCACCAAAGACCAGCGUGGCCGUCCCUCAGCCCAUCGCUGAGAGCUGCAACGACCUGUGCACCCGCCAGUGCCCCGACUCCACGGCCUUCAUCCAGCCACCCCCCGUCAUGGUCACCUUCCCCGGCCCCAUCCUCAGCUCCUUCCCCCAGCAAGCCGUGGUGGGCUCCUCUGGAGCACCGGCCUUUGGGGGCAACCUGGGUCUGGGGGGCCUCUAUGGUGCCGGUGCCACCCAGGGCUCGGGGGGCCUCUGCACCUUUGGCAGAGCCUACGCUGCUCCUGCCUGCAGCCCUUGUGCUGGAACACCUAGCCAGCUGCGCAGCAACACGUCCAGACGACUUUUGCAUGUCUCCAAGGAUGGAGACUCCACAAACUCCCAGGACAACGUGUGCCAGUGCUUGGUCACCCUCACUGUGAAAACAGUGAGUUGA